AUGCUUUCUUCGUGUAUUAGACGGCAAGCGGAUCGUCGUACUCGCCAUCAUAUGAUGGUUGAGGGCCAGAUCAAUCCGCGUGAGUGGAUGAACUGGCAUCCGAAGGAGUAUCAGCCAUGGUACUUUGAUCGCCAUAAGUUCCUUUAUGAGCGGCAGCAGUAUGCACAUUUCCAUCACCUGCUGUGUCACCAGGUCUUUCUUAAAGACAUGCUUCAGUUGGUGCAGCAACCAGAGCCGUAUACGUACAUUAUCGAUUGUAGGACUUCCCCGCUAAAGAUGCAUCGUUGGGUGCCUCAUAGCUGGUGGUUGCCGAGGGAUGAGGUGGAGUACGCGCUUCAACUUACCCCGGACGAGUUUGCUGACAUGUAUGGGUUUCACAAACCACGCAAGUCUGAUGACGUUAUCCUGGUCUCCCACAACGGCCUUUACUCUGAACAGGCAGGCUGGGAGUGGAGGAAGCAAUUUUACCAGCACGUUUACAAUUACCGUGGCGGAACAAAUGAACUCUUUGGAGAACACUACAACGACAUCGCGUUAAAGGAUACUCUUCCACCCUGGAAGGGGCCGUUCCCACAGAGUGGCAUCUUUGUAGAUAAGUGGAGUAAGCGAAAGGUCUUGACCCGAACAGGACCAUUUGACCGCCAGUACGAGAUGCAGGAUUUUGCGCUUCCAGAUUUGGAGCUGGAGAAACCACGGCACCCAGAGGAGGGCCCCCGGCAGAACAUGCCGUACGGUCUUCAGUAA